AUGAGUUAUCAGUACAACGUGGAGGUGAUAAGCACCGUCCCAGCUGACGCACUCGUCGGCGCUGCGGAUGGCGCCAAGUACACCAUAACACUGCGAUGUGUUCGUCGCGACGCCGUCUUCCGCUGCACAGAGGUGCCGAUUUCUUUUGAGGUGCGUAACGCACCGGAUUACGACCUCCUCGAGUGCGCGCUGGUCUCGCGGGACGACGCACACACCGUGCUGGCGCGCGCCACGAUGGCCCUCGUGAUGGGUGGUCCGCAUCGCACCGUCGGCGCGGUGUGGGUGCCGCUCGAGCGUGUCGGCUCUUGCGCUUCAACGGAGAGCGGAAAGGCUCCUGCACAGCCGAUCGCACGGAUUUUUGUAUCAUGGACCAUGCUGACGAUGGACGGUAGCCCGCUCCGCGCCUGUGCGCUAGAGGUACCGCCAUCGUCGUUGACGCGUGCUACUCCUGCAGGCGGAGAAGGAGAGCCUGCGCAGGCUUCUGCCACCCCCCGUACGAGUGUCGAGACGUCUCCUCUUGCUACGACGGAUGCUGCGAUAGAAGGCGGUGGCGCCGCGGUGGCCGUCUCGUCUGGCACGUCGGCGUUCUAUCGCGGGUUGGCUGCCACCGGGUUGUACAUCGGCGAGAUGCCGUCCGUCGGUCCAGGAGGCAACGCUGACUCUUUUGCCUUAUCUCCCCACGUUUCCAUAGUGCUGGAUGAGAGGCAGGAGGCUGCGCAGCUGCGCGGUGGGGAGCGUGGCAACGGUGGUGCUGGUGGUGGUGCACGGCGCCCGCUGAGUGAACCACCGUCUGCCCUUCACAGUGUUGUUAUCGACAGUAAAGAAGACGUUACGGUGGUGGAUGCGGAGAUUCAGCAGGUUCAGCACGUUGUUCUUUCAGCGUUUCCGAAGUGCAGUGUCUCGACUGAGCUUCCUGCUUCUCCCCCUCCUCCUCCACCGAGCGUUUCUGCGGUGGCUACGAAGGAAACUGUCGAAGGAAGUGGUGAGUCUUCCUCUCAUCCUUCCACCUUUGUGAACCUCUACGCGACAAGCACGCAGAGUAUUGGCGAUGUACCUUUUGAAAUGCGAUUCCGCAAUCUGCAUCUUGUGCCCUGCCCCCUCGUACUCGAUCAGUUAAGCCAAUCGAUGCGGCCCUCUGCUUGCACCCCUGCUGAUGGCGGUGCGACUUCCUCCGCUGCAGCUGCUUCAUCGACGAAGGUAGGUAGCGCGUCGAACGAGCUGUGGAAGGUGUCCCAUCGACACGGCGCUGCCGGCUCCACGCUGAGCUUGGCGACCUCAGCGGUGGAGUCCAUUCGCCUUGAACACGAGGCGAGGCAGAAGAGCGGCGCGCGUUCUUCAACUGCGCCUGCGGGAGCGGAAGGGAAGGCCGGUGCCGCUGACGGCAAUGCGCCUGUGAUGGGAGUGUCUGGGGCAUCGACGUUGACGUUGCUCCGUCAGCAGGCGAUGGCAGCUAUGCGCCAGCGAAAAGUGGCGUAUAGUACGUAG